AUGGCAGCCGGCUGCGUCUCACGCUGGCUGGCGGAGGCAGCAACCGCUGCCGGGAGCUGCCGGACGGGCGGCGGAGAGCCGCGGCGCCUGGCGCUGGUGUUGGGUCUGGCCCGCUGGCGGAACGUGGCUCCCGUCGCCUCUCGCGUGGCCAUGGCACCGCGGAUGGGAAACCGCUUCGGAAUCCGACCGCUUCCCCUCGUCUGGGCGGCCUCGAUUCACAGCAGCUCCUCGACCAGCAGCAAAGAGGAUUAUUACCAGAUUCUGGGAGUGCCUCGCAGCGCCAGCCAGAAGGAGAUCAAGAAGGCCUAUUACCAGCUUGCCAAGAAGUAUCAUCCUGACACUAAUAAGGAUGACCCCAAAGCAAAGGAGAAGUUUUCUCAAUUGGCUGAGGCCUAUGAGGUCUUGGGAGAUGAAGUAAAGCGGAAACAGUAUGACACUUACGGUACAGCGGACUUUGGUUUUGGCUCUGGCUCAGCAGGUUCCGGACAGCAGUACAGGCACACUGGCCCAACUAUUGACCCUGAGGAGCUGUUCAGGAAGAUCUUUGGGGAGUUCUCGCAGUCCCCUUUUGGAGACUUUAGCACCAUCUUUGACCAGCCCCAGGAGUACAUUAUGGAUCUGACCUUCAGCCAGGCGGCAAAGGGCGUCAACAAGGAGAUCGUGGUGCAGAUCAGUGACACCUGCCAGCGCUGUGAGGGCAGAGGGCAUGAACCGGGCACCAGAGUAGUGCAUUGCUCCUACUGCAAUGGGACUGGCACAGAGACGAUAAACACCGGCCCCUUUGUUAUGCGUUCGACAUGUCGGCGAUGCGGUGGGCGAGGCUCAGUUGUAACUAACCCAUGUGUGAUUUGUCGUGGCUCUGGCCAAACCAAGCAGAAGAAGACAGUGAUGGUCCCGGUCCCAGCAGGUGUGGAGGACGGGCAGACCGUUCGGAUGCCUGUUGGAAGGAAAGAAAUUUUCAUUACCUUCAGGGUUCAAAAAAGCUCCGUGUUCCGGAGAGAUGGUGCUGAUAUCCACUCUGACGUCUUCAUCUCCAUAGCACAAGCUGUUCUUGGAGGGACAGCGAGGUCGCCCGGCCUGUAUGAGACGAUCAACGUUAUGAUCCCCCCUGGCAUCCAGGCUGACCAGAGGAUUCGGAUGAGUGGGAAGGGGAUUCCCAGGGUGAACAGCUACGGUUAUGGAGACCACUACAUUCAUAUCAAGGUCAAAGUUCCCAAGAGGCUGACUGAUCGCCAGCGAGCCUUGAUGCUGAGCUAUGCAGAAGAUGAAACUGACGUAGAAGGGACUGUGAAUGGCAUCGCCAGCACAACCACUGGUAAACGUUCCACUGGAAACUAGAUGAUGGAGCAGUAGCAGUCUGGAAGGCGUGAUGCUGGCUUCUUUGGAACCGAAGAUGGACACACGUUGAAGGUGCAUUGACACGUUGAUGGCUCCAUUGAAGGCAGGAGGCCUCUCCUCUAGAUGUCAGAUUGCAGUGUUGUCAACUGGGGGAGUUGUGGAAGGUUGUUGGCCUUCCUGGACUUGUUUCUCUCUGAAUGGAGCUGACUGCUUGGGGGGGGGGGAGGUUGAGGAGCAAAAAUAAAGUGUACCUUGUGCUGAGUA